GUGUGGAAAUAAUUCUAGAAAUGUUUUACAAGUCUGAGAUGAGGAAGAGGAUGUCUUCUUACGCCGGAGCUUACACGGCCACAUCACUGACAAUCGAAGAAGAGCUGGCGACGAUAUGUGAAGCGGAGCGUUUAGAGCGCAAGUCUCUGGUUGUUUGGCGACGUCCCUGGAUGACCCUAAAGUAUAGCACUUUGGAGACGUGUCUACUCGGUUUAAGACUGGGAUUAAGACUGUGGGAUCGAAGGCUAUUAGGGGGACUAUUAUUAUUGGUUAUUAUCCAUUGUGUUCCGGGUCCCCAAGCACCUUACUUGCUUAUCUGUUGGCAGAAUCUUGGGUUCGCUCUCUACUGGUUGGGAUUGGGCCUGUUAUCUUCUGUGGGAUUUGGCACUGGAUUACAUACCUUUCUUUUGUAUCUGGGACCACACAUUGCAGCCGUUACAUUGGCUGCUUACGAGUGUCAGACUUUGGAAUUUCCCAUGCCGCCCUAUCCGGAUCAAAAGAUUUGCCCCAAGGAGCCUUAUGAGCGUCAUGUGCCGAACGUGUUGCAGAUCCUGACAAAGGUGCGCAUCGAAUCCCUGUUGUGGGGCGUGGGCACAGCUUUGGGCGAGUUGCCGCCCUACUUUAUGGCCAGAGCAGCACGGUUGUCCGGCAAGUGCGUGGAGGAGAGGCAGGAAAUGGCGGAGCUUCAACGACGCAGCGGAAAUCUUAAUCUAUUCGAGAGGAGCAAAGUUCUCGUUGAACGUAUCGUGUUGCGCAUCGGUUUUCUCGGCAUCCUUCUUUGUGCCAGUGUUCCAAAUCCAUUGUUUGACCUGGCUGGCGUUGCAUGUGGCCACUUUCUGGUGCCAUUCUGGAAGUUCUUUGUGGCCACGCUGAUUGGAAAGGCGUUCAUUAAGGCCACCAUACAGCAGCUUAUCGUUGUGGUUGCUUUUAGCGAGGAUCUGGUCAGUGUUCUGGUCAAUUCGCUCGGUUGCACUCCCUGGCUUGGCCCAAAACUGCAGCUUCCCAUCCAGAAUCUUUUGACGUCCACCAAGCUGCGCAUGCAUCGCAAAAUUAAGGACGAGUCCGUCACGGGUCUCGGCCUAGUGGCCCAUGGUUUCCAGCUCUUUGCUCUCAUCAUUGUCGUCUACUUCGUGGUCUCCCUACUAAAUGCGCUGGCACAAAAGCAUUGCCAGCGUCUACAGGAUCUUAAGAGAGCGCUACAUGCUCAGGAAAUCGAAAUGGAGAUACGACCAACAGAGAACGAGUCGCAACAAUUACAAGAAAGUAGCGACUGAUUUUCUCUACUCUUAUUCUUUUGUCUUAUACUUUUUGCAGUUUUGCAUUCGGAACCUUUUUUUUUUUGGAUGAUCUGUAGAAGAGAAAUCUUCCGAUUUUGUAUUAAAUUAUAUUAGUUCUUUUAUUUUCGGAACUAUAAAAGAAUGGUAUUUAUAUUGUUCACGUGUCGCUGUUAAAUAACAGAGCAGCUGUAAGACCACUUCUCUAAU